CCUCUAAUUUGGGUCAGUGCGAUCCAACUCAGUGGUUGUUACAAAAACCAGCCCAAUGUCACACACCAUCACCAUCCUCCAUUUCCCUCACCUUUCCUGGGCACAAGGCGUGUCAGCAACCCCACAUGGUGCUAAAGGGGGCGGCAUCCCUCACGGUGUGUUGCCGGAGAUGGGUCCGGGGGGUAGCGCAGGCCAACUAACCGAGCACAGGCCACGCUGGACGGGCACGCAUGAAACUGUCCAGCCCCCCCCUGACACUAUGCAAAAGCGCAAUAAAGCUCAGACUGACACUGAAGCCAGGCAGGGGGCCGGGGCAGCUAGCACGGCCCUCGCACGGCCCAACCCCGUGGAGAGUAAACACAAGGGUGGCAAGAGAGGCAAUGUGUCCUGGGCCCCUGACCUGGCAAAAGACGUGGUCUCAGAGUCUGUGUCAGACUCAGUUUCUGACUCACUAACUGCACACUUAGACCCAGUCACUGAUGAGGCUCAGGAUCAGGCUGUAGUGACAGUCAAUGAGCCUGAGGCCCAGCAGGCACGUAAGUUCCCUGUAGAUGCUACUGCUAACCGGGAGACAGCGAGGCCCAGGAGAGAGUCUGCAGGUGAGCAACGGUUACAGAUGGAAAUCUUUCAAUCAACUUCAAAACAAACCACAAAAAAAUUAUUUACCCCCCACAAAAUAUUCUACCCUGACUUUACCAAAAACAUAAAUGAAAGAUUUCCCCUUGUUAAAUCAGUUCUGCAAGGUUCUACUUUUAUAUUCACAUCUUUAUUUUGACAUAUAAUAAUCACUACACAGUUGGUGAAGCUCUCCACUGGUAUUCUUCUCUUUAAGGUAAGUCACUAAGGCACCAAACCUUCACUCAACACUGUCACGCUUGUCAAUAUUCUUUCUGGCCCCCACUUUCCCACAACCUCCUCACUUGGUGGCUUGACAUCAGUCACCUGGCACCUCAGGACCUGCCAUCACAUUGAGUACCCAGAACACUUUAACACACACACACACACACACACACACACACACACACACACACACACACACACACACACACACACACACACACACAAGUAUGUCAUGGCAGGAGCCAGCUAAUCACACCCUGUACUUGAAAAGUGGGUCAUCCAACCAACACAAGAGCAGGACACUUGUGACCUAAGACCUUUUUGGUAGCGCACUGCGUACUUCAUCAGAUGUCCACCUCUCGGACACUUUGACCAAUUUCUCCUUCCUAAAUAGGUGAGAGUAUCAAGUUCACGUAACUAUUUGUGUACGACAGGCACGCCGUGUCACAUGAUCCAGUUUUUGGAGAGAUCUUUUUGCCAAGAGUUGGAUGAGAAGAUUGAUAUCACGCUUGUUUAUCCGUGAAAUAAGAAGCUACACAUGGUUAGCUUAUCUUAGCAUAACUACUGGAAACAGGGGUUAUUUUGGACAUAACCAGGCUUAAUGUUUUCUCUUUUCCAGUCUUGAUGCUAACCGUCUCCUGGCUGUAGCUUCAUAUUCAGCAUGCAGACGUGACAUUGCUAUCAAUCUUUUGUUCUAACUCUCAGCAAGAAAGCGAAGACGCGUAUUUCCCAAACAAUCUUAAACAGUUCCUUAAGCAUAUCAUUAUGCAAAAGCCUCACAUAAAAGGUUAAAGGUGCAAUUGUGUUGUGGGAUUGACGAUACUCUGUUACAGCAGGUAUUUGCCUACUACUGUUUUUAAACGUAUACACAAUGACUUCAGUAACGUUUCAGCCGUGGAAGAAAGUGAGUUGUAAUACAGCCAAUACCUGCUGUAAACCCAAAAAAGAUUCAGUAGUGGGACACUGAAGCUCGGCAUCAACAGAGCUGCAAUAAACUCAUCAAAUGCAUUUUUACAAGAACUUUAAAGAUGAAAGAAUAUUAAUGAAUUCGAGCAGCUGGUAAAAAUAAGUUUGGGAAUUAAAAGUAUCACCUCAUUGCAGUGCUUCAGUUUCUCAUUACAUCACCCUGUUUCCUCUACUCAGACAUUAUGGUGUUAAUCGGUGCUUUCUGUCA